GUUUGGCCUAAGGGAACAGCAGUUGCCUUAAUGUAGGAAUCUCAUGUUGAUCGUUUCACCGCUUCCCAGACUCUCGGGUCGAUGGUGAUGAUGCAUGCAUCAUCCUUCUAUGCGUUGUACUUGGUGCCUGGUCAAACCGGCUGUUCUCACUUGCUCGGCCUGCAUACACCGGAGACUUGGGAUUUCCCCUUCCCCUCUCUCUCUCCCUCUCUCUCCUCUCUCCUCUCUCCCUUCACACACAGUAAUCACACGCACUGACGACUGGUUCUCGGUUCUUCUUACCUCUACUAGUCUUUCAAUUUAUCUACUUGAUGGCUGUGAACCAUACAAGUCAUGCCUUUUUAUUUCAAUGUUGUUUUUUUACAGUAUGUGGUACAGAUGUACAUCAAGUCAUUUUAUUACUGGAUGCGUCCAGAAGAUAGGCACUUUUUUUGACGCUUGCUCCUCCGCGCUACUAGUACCUUCCUUAAUGGCCACUUCAAUCACUUUCCCAUUGUUCGUUGACAAGUCAACCUCUUACCCCCGACUUGAGUUCCACGAAUCUCUGCAGACCAACAUUGCUGCAAGGCUCGCAUUUAUUUACCUUAAAUGACACAACCUAAUAACCAAGGGUUGAUUUGGGAAGGAAGGAAGGGAGAUAGUGAGAGCUCUGGUUGUGUCUUCCCGGCUAUCUCCUUCCUUUGGGGAAUCAUCACGGGGCACGUACUAUACUAGCUGGCUUAGUACUU